AUGGUACGAAGGUUGUCCAAGUUCCUUUUGACUAAUGGUUUUAAACAUGGUAAAAUUGAUAAAACAUUGUUUUUAAAAUCAAAUGGAACUGACAUCUUAGUUAUACAGAUUUAUGUUAAUGACAUAUUAUUUGGUGCAAUCAACAAAUCUUUGUGUAAGUAUUUUGCUGACCUCAUGGGUGGAGAAUUUGAAAUGAGCAUGAUGGGUGAGUUAAAUUUCUUUCUUGGUUUGCAAAUUAAGCAAACUGAAGAAGGGAUCAUGAUUCAUCAACAUAAGUACAUUAAAGAACUGAUCAAGAAAUAUAAGCUUGAGAAUGCUAAGACCAAUAGAACCCUUAUGGGUGUUGCAACGAAACUUGAUGAAGACCUAUCUGGAACUUCAAUUGAUCAGACUAUGUACCGAGGUAUGAUUGGAUCUCUACUUUACUUAACAGCUAGUAGACCUAACAUAUCUUUUAAUGUAGGUUUGUGUGCUAGGUUCCAAGAAAACCCAAAGGAGUCACAUGUAAUAGCAGUGAUAAGAAUUUUUUGUUACUUAAAAGGAACUGAUGAUUUGGGUCUCUUCUAUCCUAGAAGUGACACAUUUGAGUUAAAUGGUUUUACUGACGCUGACUAUGCAGGUGACUUGGUUAAUAGAAAGAGCAUUUCAGGUAUGGUACAGUUUUUGGGACCGUGUUUAGUAUCUUGGGUUCCAAGAAACAAAACACAGUUGCAUUAUCUACAGCUGAAGCUGAAUAUAUAG